AUGAAACCCCUGUCGCUGUUGACAGUCUUGCAGGCCGCUUGCUGGACGCAAGCGCUGCCACUUCUCGAAGCGCAGACACCAAACGACAUACUCGCGGCAGGAGUGCAGAGUCUACCUUCUCCUUCAGAGGCCCCUGGUACUAGAGGGAUCAUCCACGUCGCGCUUGAGACGGCUGGCCAUCCCCAUCUGCAGCCAUUUCCAACAGAAGUCAUCCCUUCACCCUCCUCAACCAUAUCCGUUGCCACCAAUAAGACCAUAGCACAAGUGAAACCCUUAAUUGCGGCCGCCACUGUGUCCAACAUUUUCGCCUCUCCAAUCAGCACUGAAGCUCCGCCAUCGGUCUUUGCGACCAGGCCGGACCACCCCGUGGGAAAACUUGGCAUCACGAACCAAGGCCCCACGGAGACGAAUAAGUUUUAUGCGAACUUCUUCCUUGGCGAUCAGCUCAACGGGGUUUGGACACACCCAUACUCUCUUCUUUGGAGCCAGGGCGGUGGCAAUGCAUUCUCUUACGGUCUCAGCAUCACCCACGACGAGGCAUAUCAAAGGGCCUACGGGCCCAAUGCAACUGCAGACCCGGUCGAAUUCUACAUCAAUCCGAUCGGGAUCCAAUCGUUGAUCUUCUCUGCAGCGGAGCUGGGCCCGGGAAUGUCUUUGACCACUGACACUUUGACUGCGUUCUCUGCGAACGUCAACCUCCUACCGAGUGGUGCUACGACCCCUGCCAUCAGCUUUCCGAUGGUGCAGGGCAUGGGGUUUGUCACCGCAAUAUAUAAUGGAGCAACUCCCUUCGUUGAUACCAGCGUGUUCUUCAAUGCCAUAACGCCACUCGCCUCUCCUGCUGCAGGUGUAACGAAAUACAGAUUGCUCCUUGAUGAUGGCAACACAUGGCUUCUGUACGCAACAGCGAAUAACGGUUCGGGCCUUGCCCUCACUUUGUUGAACACCACCAGAUUGGUAGCAUCGGGAUCUUUCACCGGAAUAAUUCAAGUUGCGAAGAAUCCUGGAGACGUAGCAGCUCAGGAAGCUUCAUAUGACAGUGCUGCUGGUGCCUACGCAACGACAGCUACACUUUCUGCAUCCGUCGACGGAGCUUCUGGAUCUUAUUCACUGAGCUGGACCAAGGUCGCCGCUAAUGGCGCUAGUCUCAUCAUGAUGGCACUUCCUCAUCACCUUCAAUCUAUGGACUCGACCACAAGCGCAGGUCAGACAGCAAUCCAGCUCCAAACGACUACGAAGGGACUUGCUACUGGUGUUAUCGGAGACUCAUGGACAAUGGUGGAACCGUCCAUGCCUGUUGACAUCGGCUUUGCCCCUUGGAAUGCUAGCAUUGCUUCUACCAACACCAUCCCGGCUGCCGCAAUGACAGCGAUCGACAACGCAGGUAUCAGUGACCUUUCGCAGGAUAUGAAUGCUCAGUCGAAUCUGAAUAGCAUGUAUUAUAGCGGCAAAGCCUUGGCAAAGUUCGCAGCAGCGAUAUACGCCGUUCACGACCUAGCCGGAGACGUCUCGACUGCUCAAGCUGGCCUGGCGAAGCUUGAGGAAGCUUACGAACUUUUCGCGAACAACACUCAAAUUUACCCACUCGUGUAUGAAUCGCAAUGGGGUGGCGUCGUAUCUACGGCCUCGUACAUCACAGGAAACAGUGGGGACGAUUUUGGAAACACCUAUUACAACGAUCAUCACUUCCACUGGUCGUACUUUGUGUACGCUGCCAGUAUUAUCGCCUACCUCGAUCCAGCCUGGCUGCCCGCACACCGAGACUGGGUGAAUACUCUCGUACGAGAUGCCAGUAACCCUAAUUCUAACGAUCCAUACUUCCCCGUUUCCCGUAGCUUUGACUGGUAUCACGGGCACUCUUGGGCUAAGGGUUUGUUUGAUAGCGGCGACGGGAAGGACCAAGAAUCCACAUCCGAAGACGCCUUGUUCAGUUACGCAGUCAAACUAUGGGGAAGGAUCAUUGGUGACACAGCCAUGGAAGCUCGUGGGAAUUUGAUGCUAGCCGUUCAGAAACGUAGUUUUCAGAACUACUUUCUCCUCGAAUCCACCAAUGCCAAUCAACCUGCUAACUUCAUCGGUAACAAGAACACCGGCAUCCUAUUCGAAAAUAAAGUCGACCACACAACCUACUUCGGCACCAACGACGAGUAUAUACAAGGAAUACACAUGAUCCCAAUCAACCCCUCUAGCCCUUAUAUCAGGAACCAAAACUUCGUGACCGAGGAGUGGAACACGUACUUCUGUGAUGGCUGCGUCGAUCCCGUCAACAACGUUACUGGGGGUUGGAGGGGUAUCCUGUAUUCGAACUUGGCGCUUAUCGAUCCCGUCAAGUCUUGGAACUGGCUUACUGGACCAGGCUUUGAUGCUCAGUAUCUGGAUGACGGAGCGAGCCUGACCUGGUACUUGGCGCUUGCCGCGGGGAUGGGAGGUGCUGGUUAA